AUGAUUUCUUACAGACUCACGCCGGGCAGGGACGAACAGACUCACGCCGGGCAGGGACGAACAGACUCACGCCGGGCAGGGACGAACAGACUCACGCCGGGCAGGGACGAACAGACUCACGCCGGGCAGGGACGAACAGACUCACACCGGGCAGGGACGAACAGACUCACACCGGGCAGGGACGAACAGACUCACACCGGGCAGGGACGAACAGACUCACACCGGGCAGGGACGAACAGACUCACACCGGGCAGGGACGAACAGACUCACACCGGGCAGGGACGAACAGACUCACACCGGGCAGGGACGAACAGACUCACACCGGGCAGGGACGAACAGACUCACACCGGGCAGGGACGAACAGACUCACACCGGGCAGGGACGAACAGACUCACACCGGGCAGGGACGAACAGACUCACACCGGGCAGGGACGAACAGACUCACACCGGGCAGGGACGAACAGACUCACACCGGGCAGGGACGAACAGACUCACACCGGGCAGGGACGAACAGACUCACACCGGGCAGGGACGAACAGACUCACACCGGGCAGGGACGAACAGACUCACACCGGGCAGGGACGAACAGACUCACACCGGGCAGGGACGAACAGACUCACACCGGGCAGGGACGAACAGACUCACACCGGGCAGGGACGAACAGACUCACACCGGGCAGGGACGAACAGACUCACACCGGGCAGGGACGAACAGACUCACACCGGGCAGGGACGAACAGACUCACACCGGGCAGGGACGAACAGACUCACACCGGGCAGGGACGAACAGACUCACACCGGGCAGGGACGAACAGACUCACACCGGGCAGGGACGAACAGACUCACACCGGGCAGGGACGAACAGACUCACACCGGGCAGGGACGAACAGACUCACACCGGGCAGGGACGAACAGACUCACACCGGGCAGGGACGAACAGACUCACACCGGGCAGGGACGAACAGACUCACACCGGGCAGGGACGAACAGACUCACACCGGGCAGGGACGAACAGACUCACACCGGGCAGGGACGAACAGACUCACACCGGGCAGGGACGAACAGACUCACACCGGGCAGGGACGAACAGACUCACACCGGGCAGGGACGAACAGACUCACACCGGGCAGGGACGAACAGACUCACACCGGGCAGGGACGAACAGACUCACACCGGGCAGGGACGAACAGACUCACACCGGGCAGGGACGAACAGACUCACACCGGGCAGGGACGAACAGACUCACACCGGGCAGGGACGAACAGACUCACACCGGGCAGGGACGAACAGACUCACACCGGGCAGGGACGAACAGACUCACAAUUUCGAAAGGAGAAGUUAA